UCUAUUCUCCUAAAAUCAACUAAUAAUCUCGCUUAAUUUAACUAAUCACCUCCCCUGAUCUCGCGGGCUCGUAUAAAAUCGGCCCAUCACGAACCCCUCGCAUCGCCCUCGCGCACCCGACAGAGUCCGCGAAGCCCGCCCGCCCGCCCGCCCGCUCGCGCAAACGAGAGAGAGGCGAGAUCCGGCCCCGGGCCGGCGGCGAGAGAGAGAGGGAUCGGUGACGGUCUGACGGACUACCAGGGACCAUCCUCCUCGCCCUUCUCCUUCGGCCGCUCGCUGCUCUCGCUGCGUAGGCACCCCGCCGCCAUGCCGUCAGGCGAGGAGGCCGACCUCGAGGCGUUCCAACGCCACGUGGCGUCGGCUCUCGCGGAGCUGCUGCCCGCGGCUGAGGCCGGGGCCGGUGGCGACGCCGCGGCGGAGGGGGCGGGCGAGGAGUUCCUCUGCGCCGCGUGGACCCGCCGCCUGCUCGAGGCGUUCGUGCUGUGCCAGGAGGAGUUCCGCGUCGUGGUCGCCCAGGCGCGGCGCCGCGCCGGGGCCCUGCCGCCCGCCGCCGAGAGGCUGGUCGCCGAGUUCCACGAGCGCGCCGUCAAGGUCCUCGACGUCUGCAACGCGGCGCGCGACGGCGUGGACCAGGUGCGCCGCUGGGAGCGUCUCGCCGACGUCGCCGCGUCCGCGCUGCGCGCGCCCGGGGAGGUCCACGAGGGCCAGCUCCGCCGCGCGCGCCGGGCGCUCACCGACCUCUCCGCGCUCCUCGUCGACGACGACGCCGCCGCCGCCGCCGCCGCGUCCGGCGCCGGCGGCGUCGCCUCCUUCCUCUCCUCCCACCGCAACCGCUCCUUCGGCCGCGCGCGCGCCUCCCCGUCGCGCACGGCCGGCGCCGGCGCCGGCACCCUCGCCUCCGCCUCCGCGUCCCACUUCCGCUCCCUCUCCUGGAGCGUGUCCCGCACCUGGUCCGCCUCGCGGCAGCUGCUGGCCAUCGGGGCCGGCCUCGCGGCGCCGCGCGCCCACGAGGCGGGCCUCGCCGCCCCCGUCUACGCCAUGGGCUGCGUGCUCCACCUCACCGCGUGGGCGCUCGUGGCCGCCGUCCCGUGCCCGGACCGCGGCAACGCGCUGCAGGCGCACCACCUGCCGGCCGCGCCGCCGCGCGCCGCGUUCCCGUGGGCGCCGCCCCUCCUCGCCUUACAAGAACGCCUCGCCGAGGAGGGCAAGCGCAAGGACAGGCGCCACUCGUGCGGCCUGCUCAAGGAGAUCCACUCGCUCGAGAAGUCCACGCAGAAGCUCGCCGAGGCGAUCGACGCGGCCCCCAUCCCGCUCUUCGGCGACCGGGAGGCCGACGUGCGGGAUGCUGCCGCGGAGCUUGCCGCCGUGUGUGAAGCCAUGAGGGACGGCCUGGAGCCGCUGGAAAGGAUGGUGCGCGAGGUGUUCCACCGCAUCGUGCGCAGCCGCGUCGAUGGCCUAGAUUCAUCCAUGCACAAUGCCGACUGACUCGCCGAUCCGAGUUCUGCCUUCAAUUGCGCGAUGCGGCGACCGUAGGUAUCUUCUUGUAAAGAAGGGAUUUGGAUGUGGCCAUCGCGAUGUAAGAUGGCUGCUUAGCUCCCAUGUUUUUGAUGCUGCAUUUUGUCAUCACAUUUUUGUGUUCUAUAGUUCUGCAAGAUCGUUCAGAAAUGUGACAUUUGAUACAGUUGAGAUGGAGACGAUAAUAGAAUAUACUCCAGGAGUUACGGAAAUGGCAAA